AGCUGUUAAGCCCAAACUUAUUAUGGCACAUUCUGCUGACAUUCAUAUUUUUUUUUUAAUUAUUCGUUAAAUUAUAAUUAAAAGCUGUUAAGACCAAAUUUAUCAUGACACAUUUUAGUUUCAUUAAUAUUUGUACAAUAUUUUGUCAAGAAAGAUUUUUAAUAAUUAAAAGCUGUCAAGCAAAAACUUGACACAUGUUGGUCGGUUUGUUAAAGUUUGACAUUAAUUCAGACUUUUGUCUGGGAGAGCCUGGGAUCCCUGCAAAAAUCAAGGUUGUGUAGGAUGGUCUGGGUUUUAUGUGCUGACCGUGGAGAAUCUCAGUGUGCGCCUCAGCAAUGAAGGUCUGGAUUGAUCAGAACAGGUGUCCCUUCUGUUCAUCGUGUGUGUGUGUGUGUGUGUGUGUCUGCUCUCUCUCUCUCUCUCUCUCUCUCUCUCUCUCUCUCUCUCUCUCUCUCCAAUCCACACAUUCAUGGGCUCUGUCAGGGAUAAUAGAGUUUCCAGAAAUAGUCCCUCUCAUAGUCAGGCAGCUUGCAUUCUCUCACCACUAAAACGUACACACUCCAGGCUUUCGCACCUACUGUGUCCUAUCCGCAUCAAAGAGCAAACCUUCUCUAACUGCAGUACAAUCCUUGCAGAGGAGAAGACUCAACAGGAAGAGCGCAGCCGUAUGGAGAUGAGGAGACAUGUCCCCGUGUCCUGGGACUCGGGAGGCUCAGAUGAGGCACCACCCAAACCCUCCCGCAGACGCCCCCUCCAGCACAGCUUCAGUAUGGACUGUCUGUCUGCGUCUGCUGCUCCUCGCCCUCCACAGCAACCUUUUGGUUCCCAGAUCUCCCUUUGCAUCCUCCAGCCUGAGAUGUCUGCCUCUUCUUUGGGGUCAUGCAACAAAACCAUUAUUAAUCAGUCACCACACAUGCAGUCCCAGCUAACGCUACAGCAGAACACUCAUACUCAGACCCCUGCAAAUGCACAACAGCUUAACAUUUAUCCACAGACCCAGCAUUUCCCACAAACUCAGCCCCAGCUUCUGCUUCAGCCUUUACCGCUACACUGCUCCCUGCUGUUGCCCCAGGGUCCCUGGAGGAGCCCCUAUAUACCCCCCAGUACCACAAAGCCUGCUUUCUUCAACCCCCACUAUCCAACCAUGCAGCAGCUGAGGCUGACCCACGUGCACUGCAGACCCUCACAGCCCAGCCGACCUGGUUAUCCAAGUCCUCGUUCCAGUGAAGGAUUUUACCCCAGUCCUCAGCACAUGGGCCAGCACAAUCAUUAUCAGAUGGCAGGGCACUCUGGCCCACACAGCUUGCUUUCCGUUCCUGGCAGCAUGUAUCCUCAGGCGGCAGGGACAGGACUUGAUCCCCAUGAUAGCUGGAACCAUCGUAGAGGUGCUCAAGAUCACAUGUGGAACCCCAGCAUGGAGGAUGGAGUUGCUUUGCGUUGUGGUCUGUCUCAGCUGAUGGAAGAACAGUUGUUACUGCAACAGCAGCAGAUGGAUGAUGAUCAGCGCUGGUUGGAGCAGGAGGAGAGACUACUGAAGCCUGAUGGCAGAAGUUCCAGAGGCAGCAUUGACCGUGAUGAUGGAAGUCUACAGGGACCAACUGGAAACCAGCACAUUUAUCAACCUAUAGGGAAGGCAGAGCACGCAGCACCACCUAAAAAGCCUCCUCGGCCUGGAGCUCCCGGCCACCCCGCAGGUGUCUCUGGUCUCAAUCCAACAGAUAGAUACAAUGAAGGCGUGAAGAUUCAGCCCCAGGAGAUCAACCCGCCCCCAACAGCUAACUUGGAUCGGUCCAAUGAUAAGGUGUAUGAAAAUGUGACGGGGCUGGUAAAGGCUGUGAUUGAAAUGUCCAGUAAAAUCCAGCCAGCUCCCCCAGAGGAAUACGUCCCAAUGGUGAAGGAAGUGGGAUUAGCAUUGAGAACACUGCUGGCCACUGUGGAUGAGACAAUACACAUACUGCCAGCUCACACACACAGAGAGAUCGAAAUGGCUCAGAAGCUUCUAAAUUCCGACUUGGCAGAGCUGAUAAAUAAGAUGAAGUUAGCUCAGCAGUACGUCAUGACCAGCCUGCAACAGGACUAUAAGAAACAGAUGCUAACAGCUGCACACGCACUCGCUGUGGAUGCCAAAAACCUGCUGGAUGUGAUCGACCAGGCCAGGCUGAAGAUGUUGGGCCAAGCACGGCCGCAUUAGCCCUGGGCUUAGGCCGCAUUAGGAAUAAGGCACGAGGACACCAACGUACAUUAUGGCAGCACAGCAGACUGACGCCCCAGAAACACACCAGCACAGACUUGGGCUCCCUGCACUCAUUCACUGACCCUCCACAUUGUAGAAUACUGGUGCUUAUGAAGAGGGCUCUGGAUUUAUUUAAUGGAUGAGCCAGACUGGACCGGACGCAUCAAGACUGAAGACAUGUAAUGACUGGAUCUCUUCCAGAGCAUUCUGGCCCCUUCAAUAAAGAAUUUGUGGGACUGGGUGAUCUGCUUUAAGCAGAUGGUGACUGGAAGCCGAGGAGGUGAUCUGAGGAUCUGGGGCUGCUCUGAGCUUUUAAAAGUAUCUGGAGGAUAAGAGACACUCUUACACUGUAUCUAAUAUGUCUGUUUCGUUGACAAAUCCGAGCUCAAAGGUCAGAUCACACAAAUCUAGAUUAAGCUCAGAUUGGAUUCUGGUUGUAGAAUCAUAAAUGUUGAGACUCUAAGUUUUGCACAGUAGAACUUGAGUUGAGUCUGGAUUUGCAAGGUUUCUUGAGACUUUUUUGCAUUGCAGACUCAACACUUCUCCCUAGGACUGAGAAGGAGAGUGUUGUAUAUUUGGCCUUUGUGCCACCUAGAGGUAAAAUAAAGCUAUUACUGAA